AAUAUAUAUUUUGUUAAAACGAAACUAACAUAAACAAUUUUAAACAUUGCUAGGCUGUGAUAAUGUCCUUGCAAACCUGGUUGGCCUUCAUUUUUACCAUAUUAGCUUCUGUUUGCUUUGUUGCUGCCAUUAUUUUGUUGGGUUGGUUCCUCAUCUGGAAGGCAUUUUUAUCAAAAUUUCGACUGGUCCGCGAACUAUUGGGUCAAGAGGAGCCAGAGGAUCAGCAAGAGCAGCAACUGAUUGGAGAGCAACUGCCGCCACAGCAACAAAUUCCACAUCGAGCACGCAAAACGCGACGAGAUUAGCACACGCCACGCCACGCCACGCCUCACGUGUAUAUAUACAUUAGAUAUAUAAUAUAGGAGUAGACUUUUCAAAUAUUUCAAGAUGAACAUACGCUGCGCCAAACCAGAAGACCUCAUGA